AGUCGGCUGGGCUGUUCCUUGAACGCACCUCCUUCUUCCUGAGUGGCUUUUCUACUUUCGUCGCCACACUGAAAGGGAGCGACUGUUGAGUGAGUUUAACCAGCCUCAGAUCAGUCCUCCAGGUCAGGACCCUCUCUUCACGGAGACACAGCCUGAUAGCGAGGGCUCCCAUUGAGGAUUACAGCAGGUGUGAAGAUCAAAUCAGACAUUCAGUUGUUUGUGAAAGUGGACUGGAGAGUGGGGCAAGCACCGGCACCGUUUCCCACGGACUAAUCUGCCUUAGAGGGCGGGGGUUGGGUGUGUGUGUGUGUGUGUGUAUGUGUGUGUGUUUUUUUUUUUUUAAGGGGUACCACUCAUUCUCACACACCCCUCCUCAGCAGCAUCCUGAGCAGGUCUUCUAGUCAUUUCCACUGUGAACGAGCAACAGGUUGAGCAGAAGCAGCAGCAGCAGCAGUGUGAAGGCGACUGAAGCCUACCAUGCCGAGCAAAAGCCAGUAUCUGCGCCCCCGGCUGUGCACGCUGGAGAAGGGGGACAACGGCUACGGCUUCCACCUCCACGGGGAGAAAGGUAAAACGGGGCAGUUUAUCCGGUUAGUGGAGUCCGACAGCCCGGCAGAAACCUCGGGGCUCCGCGCCGGGGACCGACUGGUGUUCGUGAACGGGGACGACGUGGAGAACGAGAGCCACCAGCAGGUCGUGUCCCGGAUACGAGCCACCGUGGGCCGGCUGGAGCUCAUAGUGGUGGACCCGGACACGGAGCAGCUGCUGAAGAAACACAACAUGAAGUGUCUGAAGGAGUAUGUCACCGACGGCGUCCCGUUACCCUUCGACGAGGAGGAAGAGGAAGAGGAGGAGGAGAAGGUGGUCGUGGUGGAGGAGGUCGGGGAGGUAGACGGGACAGAAAACGGGGUCGAGCGGCAUGCCAAGCAGGACGAGGUGGAGGAGGAGGCGGAGGAGGAGGUGGAGAAGGGGGUGGUGGUGGAGCAGCGGCUGCGGCAGCAGGAGAUGACACCCAGGGAGUCCACGCCGGUCCCGGAGAGUAACGGAGAAAUCCACGAGCACGUCGACAAGAAGCUGAGCAUCAGCUCAGAGAAGGAGGUGUGUACUGAGCCGCGGCCACGUCUGUGUGUGAUCCAGCGAGGGUCUAACGGAUAUGGCUUCAACCUGCACAGCGAGCGCGCGCGGCCGGGCCAGUACAUCAGAGCUGUGGAUGAGGACUCUCCAGCAGAGAGGGCAGGCCUGCUGGCCAAGGACAGGAUAGUUCAGGUGAACGGUGUGUCAGUGGAGGGGAAGACGCACUCACAGGUAGUGGCUGCCAUUAAAGCCGGCGGGAGUGAGACCCGGCUGCUGGUGGUGGACCCCGACACAGACGCCUUUUUCAAGAGGUGCAGAGUGGCCCCCACCUUGGAGCACCUGACUGGUCCACUGCCAGAACCUGUCAUUAAUGGAGGAAUGGAGGAAAAGGUGAAUGGCAGAGGGGCCAAAGAGGCAGAGAGGGACUCAAAGCUGUCAGUCAGUCCCUCUCCAUCCAACGCCUCAUCCAACACCUCGCUCACCAUCCCGCCCACAAACACCCCACCUGAGGGUUUGAUCAAGGAAGCCAUCCCAGCUCUCAACCUGAGUCUGCAGCAGGUCAAAGAGCUUGCCCACCAGAAACGCUCCAACAAAAGAGCUCCACCCAUGGACUGGACCAAGAAAAAUGAACUCUUCAGCAACCUAUAGGGCAUCUCAGAUCACCUGCCACACACCCACACACACACAGAUUUUUAUUAUAGUGACUUCUCAGAAAGAGACAUGACAUAAGAAAGACAUUUUUUUAUUAUUAUAAUGACAUUAUAAGAGCAGUUUAACUAUUGGCAGAAGACAAAAUUCAGGCCGUUCUGUAAAAUAUAGUCUUCAUAUUACUCUUCAUGUUAUUAUAACCCAGAUAUUAUACGUAUAAUGUGCUACUAACAAUGAAAGAUGCAUAUGCCAAUGAAAGAGAACUGGACCAUGCUGAAAAUGUGUAUGUAUGUGUGUAUUUGGCUAUUUUUGCCCUGUGAAUAUGUGGGCAUGGUUUCCUUUGUGUGUGUGUGCGUGUGGACCCUUACAGUCUGAUGCCUGUGGAAAUGAGGAGGCGUAGAUCUUCAUGCUUCAUUUAAUAAUCCGCUCCUCUUUAUAUUAACAUUUAUAGCAUUGAAGUGUCGUCUGAAUGACAGCAAGACAAGCCACAUACUGUAAAACCAGCCUGACAAUCCGUACUUCAUUUAGCUCCAAUUUACUCAGUUAUCAGUUUAGGGAUCAAACAUCUGACACAGGACUGAGAUAUAUUUACUUUUGGGUCAUUGAUACUUUUGGGUAUGAUCCUUUAAAUAAGAUAUACACAACAUGUUGCUUUCAAACAUGAAACUCCUUUGGGAAUCAUUUUGUGAUUUUCUUUUUAGGGAAAUAUUUACUGAUGGCUUUAAACUGGAAAGAACUGUUAUUUUAAUGUGGAUUAUCUUAUAAGGUAUGUAUAUAUCAUAUAUUGUGUAUAUUUUUUCAUUUGUCACAUAAAUGUCACUCUCUGAAAUGAAAAUGAUUUCAGCUUAAUCCUGUGUCGCUACAAUGCCAUCCACCAUUCCUCCAUACAUUGUCUGAAUAUGUGAUAUCAUCCUUUGAAUAAAUGUGAACUACAUUUUAUUAUGAGUAACUUAUACCGUCCUUAUACUUUGCCAUCAUGUCCGCUGUGAAUGGCUGCUCAGUUCACAUUUUUUAGCAUAAUGGAAGAUUUUUAUUGCUCCUUGAAAAUGCUUGGUGAAAGAUUUUUACACAUUUCUAUUGAUGUCUUAAAACAAUAAUUAUGUAACUUUUAGAUCACAUAUUUCCAAAAGAAUGUAUGUGCUUCACUAGAUUUUAUGUAGUUUGUCCAAUAUUGAGAAAAAUGUGAUGAUUUUAAAACUGAAUGAUUGAAUUGUAUGAAGAGUUGUAGAUUGUAAUAAAUCAGUCAUCACAACAACA